GCUGUAAUCGACACGGCCUUUCGCAUUAAUUUCUGAGGCGCACACGUAGGCGAGCCGAAGAUUUUAAUAAAUUUUCAGCUACAGCAAGCUUCAAAGCUGCACAAGCAAAGUGAAAAACAUAAGUUAAGUGGCCCGUGCAUAAAAUUGUUAUCAAGUGAAUAUGGCGCGUUACACGCAACGUCCGGAAAAUGCUCUUAAACGAGCUAAUGAAUUCAUUGAGGUGGGAAAACCACUGCGUGCCUUGGACACGUUGCAAGAGGUGUUCAGGAACAAGCGUUGGAACUAUGCCUACUCCGAGACGGUCAUUGAGCCCCUCAUGUUCAAGUACUUGUACUUGUGCGUGGAGCUCAAGAAGUCCCACAUUGCCAAGGAGGGUCUCUUCCAGUACCGCAACAUGUUCCAGCUGGUGAAUGUGAACUCCCUGGAGAAUGUAAUUCGCGGCUACCUGAAGAUGGCCGAGGAGCACACCGAAGCAGCUCAAGCGCAAUCUUCGGCGGCCGUUGCAGUGCUCGAGUUGGACGAUCUGGACAACAUUGCCACCCCUGAGAGCAUUUUGAUGAGCGCUGUAUGCGGUGAGGAUGCACAGGAUCGUUCGGAUCGUACUAUUUUGUUGCCCUGGGUGAAGUUCCUCUGGGAAUCUUAUUGCCAGUGCUUGGAGCUGCUGCGUGUUAACACGCACUGUGAGGCCCUGUAUCAUGAUAUUGCUCGCAUGGCCUUCCAAUUCUGCUUGAAGUACAAUCGCAAGAGCGAGUUCCGUCGUCUGUGCGACAAGCUGCGCAAGCAUCUCGAGGAUAUCUGCAAGAGCAGCAACCAAACCACUGGCGUGUCCAUCAACAAAGUGGAGACUCAGCAGAUGUGCCUGGAUACUAGGCUAUACCUGCUUGACUCGGCCAUACAGAUGGAGUUGUGGCAGGAGGCCUACAAAGCCAUUGAGGACAUACAUGGUCUGAUGGCCAUGUCCAAGAAGACACCGGUGCCCAAAACUAUGGCCAACUACUACCAGAAGCUGGCUAUGGUCUUUAGCAAGGCUGGCAAUCAGCUCUUCCAUGCUGCGGCCUUAUUGAAGCUGUUCCAACUGACGCGCGAGCUCAAGAAGAACUUGACCAAGGAUGAUUUGCAGCGCAUGGCAGCUCACGUGCUGCUCGCUACUCUCUCGAUUCCGCUGCCAUCGGCUCAUCCGGAAUUCGAUCGCUUCAUUGAGGCGGACAAGAGUCCGCUGGAGAAGGCACAAAAGCUGGCCGUCUUGCUGGGUCUGCCCCAGCCACCAACCCGUGUCUCGCUCAUACGCGAAGUUGUGCGCUUGAAUGUGCCCAAUCUGGUGUCGGACGAGUUCCGCAACUUGUACAACUGGUUGGAGGUUGACUUCAACCCGUUAAACCUCUGCAAGCGCAUUCAGUCUAUUGUGGACACCAUUGAGAGCGGUGAGACCGAGAACACCCUGCUCGCUCCCUACAUCCAGCCUCUGAAGGAUGUGACCAUCAUGCGCUUGAUUCGCCAAAUCUCGCAGGUGUACGAGAGCAUCGAGUUCAAGCGUUUGCUUGAGCUGGCACCUUUCUGCAAACUCUUCGAAUUGGAGAAGUUGCUGGUGGAGUCGGUGCGUCACAAUGACAUGCAGAUUCGCAUCGAUCAUCAGCGCAACAGCAUCUUCUUUGGCACCGAUCUGACCGAGAGUCAACGCGAGUAUCGUCCCGAUGGACCCGCUCUGCAAUCUAUGCCCUCGGAGCAGAUUCGCUCGCAGCUCGUCAACAUGUCGACAGUGCUGACCCGUGCCGUGUCCAUUGUCUAUCCGAAUCGUGAGCGUGAUCAGCGCGCCAAGCUGCGUACUCAGAUGGUGCAUCAUUAUCAUGAGAUCAAGGAUCGCGAGCAUCAACGCAUUCUGCAGCGCCAGAAAAUCAUCGAGGAUCGCAAGGAGUUCAUUGAGAAGCAGAACAACGCCCGCGAAGAGGAGGAGGCACGUCGCCACGAGGAGGAAUCUCGCAAGGCAAAGCUGGCCGAGCAGAAGCGCCUCGAGCAGGAGCAGGAGGAGCGCGAACGCAAGCGCCACGAGAACGAGAUUCAGGCUAUCAAGGAGAAGAGUCUCAAGGAGAAGGUGCAGCAAAUCUCGCAGACGGCGCACGGCAAGAAGAUGCUGUCGAAGCUCGACGAAGAGGGCAUCAAGAAGCUCGAUGCCGAGCAAAUCGCAAUGCGCGAGAGCGAAGAGUUGCAGCGUGAGCGCAAGGAGCUGCAGUCGAAGCUCAAGUCGCAGGAGAAGAAGAUCGAUUACUUCGAGCGUGCCAAGCGUCAAGAAGAGAUUCCGCUCUUUGAGAAGUAUCUGGCUGAGAAACAUGCCAAGGACAAGGAGUUCUGGGAGGCCACCGAACAAACUCGUAUCGAGACGGCUAUUUCCGAUCGCAAGGAUGCUGUGCUGCAGCAAGAUCGUCUGAAGCGCAUGUAUCCCGAUCGCGAUGAGUUCCUCGAAGCUCUCAAGAAGGAGCGCGCUUCGCUCUAUGUCGAGAAGUUGAAGAAGUUUGACAUUGCGCUUGCCGAGGAGCGCAAGAAGCGUUUGGCCGAUCGCGUUGUUCGUCGUCGCGAGGAACGCCGCUUGGCCUUUUUGCGUGCCAAGGAGGAGGAGCGUUUCCGCAAGGAGGAGGAGAUUCGUCACGCUCGCGAGGCCGAAGAGCGUGCAGCCGCCGAGGCUCGUCGCCUGGAACGCGAAGCCGAGGAUGAGAAACGUCGUCAGCAGUACGAGAAACAACGUGCCAAGGAGGAGGAAGCCGAACGCAAGAUUCAAGAGGAUCGCGAGCGUCUGGCUCGUGAGGUGGCUGUCGAGCGUGAGCGCAGCGAAAAGGAACGCGAUACUUGGCGUCCACGUGGCGAUCGUGGUGAGCGUCCAGCAGCUGCCACCGGUGGUGCCGGUGAAUGGCGUCGCAAUGCUCCACCAAGCGACCGCAACGAGCGUAAUGACCGUAACGAUCGUGAUCGCGGAGAGCGCAAUGAUCGCAACGAUCGUAACGACCGCAAUGAUCGUGAUCGCGGAGAGCGCAAUGAUCGCAUUGACCGCAACGAUCGCGACCGUAAUGAUCGUGACCGUGGUGAGCGUAAGGAUAACGAAGGUGGCGCCGAUUCCUCAUGGCGUGUGCGUCGCGAGCCCGACUCUCAACGCGGAGGCGGCCCUGAUCGUGGCGAGCGCGGUGGUGCUCCAGCUGGUGGACGCGAUGACAAGUGGCGUCGCGGUGGUGACCGUGAUCGUGGUGGUGACCGCGACCGUGAGCGUGGUGAUCGUGACCGCGAGCGUGGUGAUCGCCUCGGUGGUGAUCGUGACCGCGAUCGUGAUUCGUUCCGCCGUAACGAUGGACCACGCCGUGACGACCGCGAUGAUCGCGGUGGAUUCCGUCGUAAUGAUGAUCAAGCUCGUGACACAGGCAGCAACUGGCGCGAUGCUCCCCGCCAAAGCGAUCGUGACAACCGUGACAAUCGUCGCCCAGCUGGAGGCGAGCGUCGUGAUGGACGCGACAAUCGCGGUGCUGGCGCUGGACCCAAGGAAGGAGGCGGUGGUGGCGGCAACUGGCGCACUGCUCCCUCGCCACGUGACGAGAAACCUGCUCCCAAGCGCGAACAGCCCCAGGACAAGGUGCACAAACUAAUUGUAAUGGAUUCACGCAUGCUGAAUGUGUUUCACGAGGAUCCCUUCGAGGGUAACUUUGUCAAGUAUGAUCCAGAACCGAAUUUCUGGUCCGCCAAUGAUGAUUUGCAGCUCACGGAUACGCUGAAUGGUAUUUUGCCCAUUGCGCCCACAGAUGAAUCGCUGCUUGGCCAAAAGGAGUCCGAUGAGCAGCUGCAAAACAACAAGAACUUGCUCAUCUACAGCGACUUUGUCGAUCAGCAUCUGAGCGACGAUGCAAAUGUGCUCAAUGGUCAGGUUUAUAGGCACAUCUCAGGGAGCGAGGUCGAGGCUGCCUACGAGCAACAGCGUCAGCUGAGCGCAUUGAUUACCUCCGAUGAUGAUGAGGAUGACGAAGAAGAUGUGGCUGGCGAUGAAGUGCAGAGCCAGUGCAGCAAUUCAACAUUUCGCACACGCACUGACAGCUCCUCGAUUGGCGAUUACGAAUCGCAUUCGAGUGAUUACGAUGAUGAUGUGCCCGAUGAACCAAUGGCUUCCUUAGGUGAUGCUGGCCAUCUGCUGACGGCAGAUAUGUUUGCCUUGCAGGAUGAGCGCAAGAAUCGCACGUUGAGCACGAAUACAAUUGGCUCCGAUGCCGAUGCCCUGGGACUGAACAUCGAUGUGAACAACUUCGAUUUGGCUGACUUUAUCACAAAGGAUGAUUUCGCCGACAAUCUCAGCUCACUGCGCGCGAAGCAGGCGGUGAAAACGAUGGAGCAAAGCCCAGCACCCAUCGCAGCAGUGGCUCCAGUUGCUGCUGUCCCAUUACCAAUUGCAGCGCCAGUCAAAGCAAAGGCGGCAACAACACCAGCUGUGAAACCGGUCACAGCGCUGCCAAAGCCUGUGAUUAUCUCGUCAAAGAGUCGUGACUCUGAUUACGACUCGGAUUCCAUCAUUGAUGUGGAGACUGUCGAUGUCAUCGAUGUGGAUGAAUCGUUGUGGGUGGCCAAACAACAAACGGCUCCCGCUGACGAUUUGUGCUAUGUGGACAAUGUGAAGGCCGAUCCAUCGUGGAGUCCCAAGCAGCCGAAACAGCGGAUUGUCUCUGCCGAGCACAAGGCGGCGUCAAGUCAAACGGCAGCCAAGACAGCUCCAGUGGCAGCAGAAGUAACACCAACAGCAGCAGCAACAACAGCAGCCAGUGCAGCGAAGCCAAAGACCAGCAACAACAUUUGCCUGGUGCCCAACAAGAAGCAGUGCGAGUUUCUCAAACGCAAGGUGGGCGGCAAGGCAGCAGUCAGCACAGCGACGAGCGGCAAGUCGAAGGCAGCGGCCAAGAAGGCGCAAGAGGCUAACCACAAGAGCGCAGCUGCUUGUAAGCAGCUCAUCAGCACUGGACUCGGUCUGGGCGGCAAGAAUCUUGCGCUGCUGAAGCAUGAACGUGAUGCGGCUGUUGCGUUGUUGCCCACAGCGACAGUUGCAGCGUCUCCAACGCCCGUGUCGGUGCCUGCGCCUAAGCGUAAGCUGAAUCUGGAAGAGUACAAGCAGCGCAAGAGUGGCGGCGGAGUUGCAGCCACAUCCACAAGACAGCAGACACCCGUGCCUGCCAAGCAGCCCAAGCUGGAGGCUAGCAAGGUGCCGGUGGUGGCGCCACCAAUGCCGGUGCAGAAGACGCAACCAUCGCCGCAAAAGGCAGCCAUCUGCAGCAUUGUGAACAGUCUGAAGAGCCCGACGAGUCAGGCAGCAGCUCCGCCCACAGAUCCCAUAACGGUGGCCAAAAACAAAGUGCUACGCAUGCUGGAGUUGAAGCGUGCGCAGCAGCUGAAGAUUAUCGAUUCGCGGGUGUCGGCGAAGGUGCCGCGCGUGACAAAGUUGCCGCCACUUAAGGAUAUUGUUAGGGACACGUACUGCAUGGAGACUGAGCCAGAGCCGGAGACGCAGGCAGCAGCUGCUGCGAAUAGCAAACUGCACGCUGACUACGAGGAGAUCAUCAUUGUGUCGGCCAGCUGCAACACAGACAUUACGAUACCGCCGCAUCAGGCGAGCGUGGCGCUCAGGGACAACAAGACAACGACGCCCUCGUCACGCUCACUGCUCAAGUCUUCGGUGUUGCUGUACAACAUGUCGCACAGCAGCGAGGCGGGCAAGGAUAUGACAAACUCCUUGAUUGCCAGCAUACAGAGCGAGGUUGUGAGACAAACGAAUUGCGUGGCACUUGCCGCAACAUCAGCUGCAGGAGCAGAGGCAACAACGGGAGCAGCGACAGCGACGCUGGCGGAUAAGAAUGCACAUCAUGGCGAGGAUAAGGUCAUCAUGCAUCUGGCCAAGAAUCGUGUGCGGAAGCGAAUGGUUUCCAUGGGCACUCAGACAGAUCUGCAACCCGAAUUUCCGCUCCUCACGUUGCCCACAGCGCGUCAGUCGCGUGAACGCACGCGUCGCAGUUAUCGCAAGCGUCGCGUUGAUGGCUCGAAUGGCAGCUCGAGUGGCUCCUCAACCUCGUCCUCGAGCAGCAGCAUGGCCUCGUAUCGCUCUCGCUCCAAUUCCAACUCAACAGAGCGACUUCGCCACUCGGAUGCGACUGCCGCAUGCAGCGUAGGCGGAAGCAUCAAUGGCGGUGGUUAUUCAUCGCGCAGCACACGGCGUCAUCGCAGCUCGGUGAGUUCCUCAUCCUACUCGGAGUCGGGCAAGUACGAACGGCAGCAGCGACAACGUCGCACCAGCUACAACAAACGCCGCUCGAAAAAUCUAACGCGCGACAAUUGUUCCACCUCGGGAUCAGAGUUUAGCGAUCGCGAGCGCAGUCGCAGUCCGUUGCGACGCUCGCGUUCGCCAACUGUCAACAGCAGCAACAAUAGCAACAACAAUCGACGUGGUUACGUGGACCGCAAUGUGUCGCAGCCAGCGGUGGAGGAGCGUCGCAUUGUCUACGUGGGACGCAUUGAGCAGGAGACCACAAAGGAGAUGCUGCGUCGCAAAUUUCUGCCCUACGGCAGCAUCAAACAGAUAACGAUACACUACAAGGAGAAUGGCAUGAAGUAUGGCUUUGUGACCUUUGAACGUGCGCAGGACGCAUUCACAGCCAUCGACACAAGCCCUCGGGAUGCGCAAAUCAACAUGUAUGACAUUAGUUUCGGGGGCAGACGCGCCUUCUGUCGCGCAUCGUACGCCGACUUGGACAAUGCCGGCAUUAACAAUUACCAUUCGUACGUGUUUCCCAAGGCAGCGCCGGCUGCUGCUCCGCAGGAGGAUUCAUUUGAGGCGCUGUUGCUGAAAGUUAAAGCGAAACUGAAUGCAGGCAAGCCUGGAGCAGGAGAAGAAGCAGCACCAUCAACAACAACAGUUGCUGGAGACAACAGCAACAUAAACAACGGUCAAAUUUGACAUCUUUACUGCAGCCAGCUAAUCGCUGUAUUUCAAUAUUUAUGAUUUGCCAACUGAAUUUUGAGUUUAUACCAAGAAUCGCAACACUUUUUUUAUACGUAGCACAUAAAUAGACAUUUAGACCAUGAAGUUUCUACCCGUACAACCGAAAGCCUGAUUAUCUUUUUAUAUAACGUUUUUCAUAAUUUAUUACCUAUUAACUAUACAAAAUAGUUGACAAUAGAAUCGCAUCCAACAAAAAUCCCAAAAAUCAUCGACAAGCAGCGAAUUGAAUUAACAAAACCCAAACAAACACAUAGAGA